AUGAGCAGCCGGGCAGGCCCGGGCCCCGGCGCCCCGUCUUCUCCCCCGCCCGCCUCCCCCGGCCACCCCAAGACCCGGGUCCGAGGCCGGGCCAGACGAGCCCGACGCACCCCACUACCUUCUGUAAGCUCCUGCCCAGGAUGUCCCCAUGAAGUUCUCGGGCCCCGCUGCCUUUCUCAGCCGCAGUCCGUCCAGCGCGGGGAAGGAGCUGGCCCCAGCGGCUGCCACCAAGGGCGGCGGCCUGGAGGAGGCGGCAGCGCCGGGGGCCGGGGGCUGGGCCCGGCCUGGCCGCUGUGCUGGCGCUUGCGAACCCGUUUGUGCCAGCCCCUGCUCCUUGCAGCUGAUGAGCCGCUGCCGAGGGGCAUGGGGCCCGCCAGGCCGGAACCGGGGCAGGGGCGCGGGGGGUCGGCCCGGGGCGCGAGCACCGCAGGCUGGCGACGAGUGGAGUCGCAAGGGCAGCUUUAUCCACAAGCCGCAGGGCUGGCUGCACCCGGACGACAGGGUCCUAGGGCCUGGGGUCUCCUACAUCGUGCGGUACAUGGGCUGCAUAGAGGUACUGCGCUCCAUGAGGUCCCUGGAUUUUAACACCCGAACUCAGGUCACCCGGGAGGCGAUCAAUAGACUUUAUGAAGCAGUGCCUGGUGUCCGAGGUGCCUGGAAGAAAAAGGCCCCCAACAAAGCCCUGUUCUCCAUCCUUGGUAAGAGCAAUCUCCGUUUUGCUGGUAUGAGCAUUACAAUCAACAUCUCCAUUGAUGGGCUCAACCUUAUGGUGCCCACCACUCGCCAGAUCAUCGCUAACCAUCACAUGCAGUCCAUCUCCUUCGCCUCCGGUGGCGACACGGACAUGACAGAUUACGUGGCUUAUGUGGCAAAGGAUCCCAUUAACCAGAGAGCUUGUCACAUUUUGGAGUGCUGUGAAGGAUUAGCCCAGAAUGUCAUCAGCACUGUUGGCCAGGCCUUUGAACUGCGUUUCAAACAGUAUCUCUAUAGCCCCCCCAAAAUGGCCAUUCCUCCUGAAAGGAUGAUGGGGAAUGAGGAAUCAGCCUGGGCUGAGGAGGAAGACGCCACUGAGCAUGACUAUUAUAACAGCAUCCCUGGGAAGGAGCCACCCUUGGGUGGUCUGGUGGACUCCCGACUCUGGGCUCCUAGCUAUGUCCAUACCCAGCCACCAAGCUCUGGGGCCUUCAGUCAGCUUGGAUCACCUGCCCGGAGAGAGCAGAGGGGUCAGUCUGGCCUACACUGGGACCUGGGUCUUCCUGGCCAGCCCUGUGAUGAUGGCUACUUGCAGGCAGACAGCCGGCCUCUGGGCUCUCGGGACUAUGAGGAGCACAUGUAUGUGAACACACAGAACCUGGAGAGCUGGGAGACAGAGCCUGCUGCCCCGGAAGAGAGCCCCAAGAAGGACCUCUUUGAUAUGAGGCCCUUUGAAGAUGCUUUGAAAUUGCACGAGUGCUCUGUGUCCAGCAGUGGUCCUGUGCCCAUUGAGGACCAAUGGCCCAGUCCACCCACUCGCCGGGCUCCCAUUGCUCCAACAGAGGAGCAGCUACGCCGAGAGCCCUGGUACCACGGCAAGAUGAGCCGGCGGGCAGCAGAGAAGCUGCUCAGAGCAGAUGGGGAUUUCCUGGUGCGGGACAGUGUCACUAACCCUGGACAGUAUGUUCUCACAGGCAUGCAUGGUGGACAGCCCAAGCAUCUGCUCCUGGUGGACCCUGAGGGUGUGGUUCGGACCAAGGAUGUGUUGUUUGAGAGCAUCAGCCACCUUAUCGAUUACCAUCUGCAGAAUGGGCAGCCCAUCCUGGCUGCUGAGAGUGAACUGCACCUGCGUGAUGUGGUGAAGCGAGAAUCCUGACCUGGCCUGGGGUGGGGGGCGUCCCAGGGAGAUGGGGUUGCCUGCUGUCCGGGGUCACUGGGCCUGGGCUGUCUAAAGAGGGAUGAGGAGGCCAGGCUACAAGUGUCCUUUCCCUCAUCCAUUCUUCACAUGGACUGCAUUACAGAAUGUAGAACAUAAGAUAUUAGAAAUGGGAGGGCCCCUAGAACACAGCAUAGCAGAGCUAAGAGGGCCCCUAGAAUAGGUCAGAGCUGGGAGGGCUCUUGGAACACCCAAGGUUAGAACUAGGGGAGCCCCGAGAACACAGGAUGUCAGAGAUGGAAGAGCCCUGAGAACACAGACGAUCAGAACCCUGAUGUUAACAUCUGUAGGAUUGCUGCCUUCUCUGGCUCUCAUUUUCUCUCUUCCUAAGAUGAAAGUGUUGGAUGCAGAGGAAUCUCAGGCUCCUCCCAGCUGACAGUAUUCUAGGCUCCCCUUUGUUUUGUGUUCAGUGUUCUAGGGUCCCUCCUUAUUUUGAAGUGGCUACGGUUCCUCUCCUUCCGAUAUCACAGCUCCCAGGUGCUUCCUUCUCCAUCAGCUGCCUGUCCUCACCCAUUUAGGCCCUGGCUUUGGGCUGAUCUUUUCUUGCUCUUCUUGGACGUGUUAUCUCAGCGCUGAGCCUGGAGUUGCUGGUGGCAACGUUGUUCGCCUUCGGAGUGAAGGACUGGCUACUUCUUCUCCCUGCGCCAAGGGGGACGGGCCAAUCUGGGUCUCUGGGAGCCCCAGACCCAUCUCUUGCCUUCAUUCACCUGGAGUGAAUGUGUUCAUACCAAAGAUGAAACUUUUUCUGACUUUUUUUAAACAAACAAAUAAUAAUAACAAAAUGAUGGAUGACUUCGAAGCUGGUGACCUCAUUCUCAAAUGAGUUGGGGCAACAUAGGAACGUGAUGCUGCCUACUUCUUGCCUGGAGCCUAAAUUCCUCAGCUGUAAAAUGUGGGUGCAUAAUGGGGGGGGUGAGGAGGUCUAGUUAAGGUGCUUGGAGAUCCUCAAGAUGAAUGGAGGUGGGGUCAGAGCAAAGGUGGAGAUUUGGGGUCCUGUGUCUGCCCAGACCACCCUGUUAUUUUCCCCUCCUCCUUCCCCUGCCACUUUGAUGAGAUAAUCUCUUAUGCUCAUUAGGAGAAAGGAAGCUAUAUGAUGUCACAGAACCUAGAACUGGAAUGGACUUUGGUAAUUAGCUGCUGCAGCCCCAAUAACCCAUGGGAAGGAAACUUGGCAUUUGGGAGGUGGGGCUUGGGGUCUCCAGCUGUGCCAUCACUCCCAAUCUUCUCUACAGGCCCUGCUAACUCAUUCAGAGUCCAGGUACCGGAGGAUUCUGGGAUGUAGGGUCUCCCAAUAUUGAGAAGAAUUCUGGGACCUUUCAUUUCAGAAGAAUCCUGAGGGGUCAUUAAGUCUAAUAUCCUCCAUUUUACUGGUGGGUAAUAAAUUAAUGCUCAGAGAGGGGAAAGGAUUCACCCUGGAUCAAUCACAUAGCAAAUUGGCAGCAGAUUAGAGCAGGAGAAAAAGGGAUUGGUUCCAACAAUGCCCACUAUACAUUUCUUUCCUUUCCAAUACUCCAGUCAAUGACCACUAUUCUCUCCUUCCAGUUACCUCUCCCUAGAUUGGCAUUCAGCUCCUGAUUAUAAUUAAAUCUGGAGGUGACUAAA